AUGCCGAGCCAAUCGCGCGACCGAGACCGUCGCGACAGACAUCGCGAUCGCACACGCGACCAAGAGCGCUCCCGCCGAGACCGCGACAACGACCGGGAGCGCGACUACAUCCGCGGCCGCUAUGAAGAACCAGACGAGGCUGCAACACCAAGCCCCAGAAACGAGCGCAGCGCAAAAUACCGGUUCCGCGGGGAGUCCGGGUACGAGUCCAACUCCCACACCGAGCGGGAUGAAUAUGACGAAGAGCGCGAGCGGAGGAGGGAACGCAGACGUCGUCGCCGAGAAGAAGAAGCGCUUGCCUACGGGUCUCCUGUUUCAGACAGACGGCGAGAGAGGGGCACUUCCAAGGCAAAGGAGUCUCCCGCUACGUCACCUAUCAAGAAGAGGGAUCGGGACCGGGACCGUGAUGGGUAUCGGCGACGGGAUGAGACUGGGAGUCCCGUAAGGGAUAGACGGAACCGUGAUAUUGACGUUGACAUUGAAGCUGAGGCGCGCCGGCGCAGACGGCGAGAGCGCGAACGUGAAAGAGAACGGGAGAAGGAACGCCAACGCCAGUGGGAUAUUGAUGCUGCUGCUGCGGUGCCGGCGCGGAAACAUCGAAGUACCGAGUCUUCGGGCAGUGCCUCACAUCUUCUUAGUGUUGAUGCUAUGGCCCGUCUGGCUGCUCAGCAUGAAGAUGCCGAUCGCGAGGAGCAGUCUCGAGACGAAGAUGAUUCACGCAGGGAGCGGCGGAGACAGCGAAAACGGGCUGCCCUUGAUGAAGCUGCUGGUGCGGCGCUCGGUGCUAAAGUUGCGGAGGGCCGCUCACGGCAUCAAUCGGGGGCACGGGUUGUCUCGGGUGCUUACUUGGAAGAGGGACAUAGUUCUGAUGCUCGGGUUCGUCGUCGUGGUGGCGGCGGUCCUGCGAUGGAAGACCAAUGGAAGGAGGAGGACAGCUGGGAGGGAAGCUAUGAUAGCCGACCAGGGCCACCGGGCUGGAAGUUUUGGUCCAAUUGGUCUAAAAAGAAGCGUAUCGUCAUCGGAUGCUUGCUACUCGUGGUCCUCGUCCUGGCUAUCGUCAUCCCGGUUGCGUUUGUUGUCUCUAAGAAGAAAGGCUCGGAUACCGGUUCCUCCAGCUCCUCCGGCAGCUCGGACGGUCCCACUUCUAAUUUGGACAGUAUUAGUCGUGACAGUAUUCCGAGUUACGCAAAAGGCACAGUCCUGGAUCCCUUCACAUGGUACGAGACCACUGGUUUCAACCUCACUUUUACAAAUGCCACCGUUGGUGGUCUUUCGCUCAUGGGUCUCAACUCGACUUGGGAUGAUUCUGCACGCCCCAAUGACAAUGUACCUGCCCUCAACAAGGCGUUCCCCUACGGCACUCAGCCAAUCCGCGGAGUCAACAUCGGAGGGUGGCUGUCUAUCGAACCAUUUAUUGUUCCAUCUUUAUUCAGUAAAUGGUCAUCCAGUGAUGGAAUCAUCGAUGAGUAUACCUUGACCAAAAAGCUCGGUAGCUCUGCAGCGGCUACCAUUGAACAACACUAUGCGAACUUCAUCACAGAGUCAGAUUUUGAAGAGAUAAAGGAGGCGGGGUUGGACCAUGUCCGCAUGCAAUACUCCUACUGGGCCGUCACAACCUAUGAUGGCGACCCGUACGUCCCAAAGAUUGCCUGGCGUUAUCUUCUGCGUGCCAUUGAGUGGUGCCGCAAGAACGGACUGCGUGUCAAGCUCGACCUCCAUGGACUUCCUGGCAGCCAGAACGGCUGGAACCACAGUGGCCGCCAGGGCAGCGUUGGUUGGUUGAAUGGCUCAGACGGCGCCCUCAAUCGCAAGCGGUCACUAGAAAUCCACGAUCAGCUCUCGCAGUUUUUCGCCCAAGAUCGGUACAAGAAUGUGGUCACUAUCUACGGCUUAGUGAAUGAACCUUUAAUGCUGACUCUCCCCGUUGAAAGUGUCCUAAACUGGACGCAGGAUGCAGCAGAACUCGUUCGCAAGAACGGCGUCACUGCCACUCUCGUUCUGCAUGAUGGAUUCUUGAACCUCGACAAGUGGGACGCGAUGUUCAAAACUCAUCCAGACAAUAUGUAUCUCGAUACUCACCAGUACACCACAUUCAACACGGGUGAAAUCGUACUUAAUCAUACCGCCAAGGUCGAGAUCAUCUGCAAUAACUGGUAUUCGAUGAUCCAAGAGAUUAAUACCACCACUUCUGGAUGGGGCCCAACUGUAUGUGGCGAAUGGUCUCAAGCCGACACGGACUGUGCACAAUAUGUAAACAAUGUCGGCCGUGGCACCCGCUGGGAGGGGACCUACGACACAAGUGAUUCAACAGCAUACUGCCCAACAGCAGAUGCCGGAACCUGCAGCUGCUCCAAUGCCAACAUCGACCCUUCCCAAUAUUCAGACACAUACAAAAGCUUCCUCCAGAUAUACGCCGAAGCCCAAAUGUCCGCCUUUGAAACAGCCAUGGGUUGGUUCUACUGGACAUGGCGCACUGAGUCUGCAGCACAGUGGAGUUAUCGUACAGCAUGGAAGAACGGAUUCAUGCCCAACAAAGCAUAUUCACCAUCUUUCAAGUGCGGCGAUACAAUCCCCGAUUUCUCAGGCAUGCCGGAGUACUACUGA